CCGGCGAUCGAAAAUUAUAAGUUCGACGUAAUAAAACUUCUUGCUCGGCACAUAGAUGUGAAACAGCUGAUUUAUUUACAUGUGAAACGUUUAUAGAAAAGAAAAAUAAAAGCAUUUUCGUGUGUGAAGUGAUUCGCGUUUUUAUUAAAUUGUGGACAUUAAUAAAUCAAAUAAAAUGCUGGGAAGUCGGCGAAACUUAAAAAGGUUGGGAAAUCCCAAAAAUGCAAAAUCGAGCAUUAAAGCACCUUAACUCAAAGGGCGAACAGGUUCUACUCGAAGGUGAAAAACGAUGUGAAAAUUGUAAGAGGUUAGAGGACAAAAUUGAUCAAAAAUUCCAAGAACUAGAAGAUAGAACGAAUCAUCAAAAUACAAUUAUAAUGGAAGCUUUGGCAGAACAAAAUGUCCUAAUUAAUAGGCUUAUUUUCCAAGAUGCAGAAAACUUGAACGUGACAUCCACUUUCCCAAUAAAAAGCGAUAAUGAACUUAAAGAGCUAGACCAAAAAAUUGAUGAUUCUAACAUUAAAAACUAUGUAAAUAUAGUUAAGAAAAUUAUUUGUAAUAAUUUGCAGGAAAACAUUGACCUACUAUUGGAGCCUGAAUUUCUUUAUGAAUAUAAUAUUGACGGCAGUCAUGGAAAGAAACGAUUGAAAGAGUAUAAAAUGUUUGAAGUUAUGAAAGAUUGCGUUAUUUCGAUAUAUGGCGCAGAAGGUGCUGAAGAAAAAAUACGAAAAGCGAUUCAUUUAUCAAAGAAGCGGCAGUUAAAAAAGUUGCUUACGAAUAAAAGAAAUGCCACCAGCGAUGUUAAUAAAUAAUGAGUAUAAACUCCUUUAAAGCCAAUUGACGAAAUUCGAUGAAUUCUUUUUUUAAAAUGAAGUUUUGUAUUAUUUUUCACAUAUUUUUCUUUACAUUAAUGAUUCAAUGAUUUUUUAAACAGGAUACAAGAAAACUGAGUAAGUGUAUGGUGUCUUUUAAUAUUAGCAUUGUUUUUCAAACUAAAUUUUAUUUUUUUGUUAAUUUUGCAUUAAACUGGGCUAAGUUUUAACAGACACCGUAUAAAUCCGAUUUUCGAACUUUGUACGAAAUGUAUGAGAAUUUUGUAGUUUCACCUAAACUUCAAACUAUUUAAUAAGAAUUUAAUAAAAAUCGAGUAUGUAGUUUUAUACCCCAUUCAAAUUUAGUAUAAUAAUGU